CCAGAAUGCACCGCGGCUGUCAGUUUCAGCCGAACACUGUGCUGCUGUACUUAGCGGAGAGCAUUUUGGCAGACGGGCCGACUUACUCCCAGUGCUGCAAGCAUGGACCAAGAUAACAACUCGGAGGACGAUUCAGUCGGCCCUUCAGAGGAAGGACUGCCUUGUCUACCUCCAGACCUUUCGGAUAAUGAAGCAAUGGAGCUGCUUUGGCAAUUGCGAGCCCAACGUCGCCAGUCGUCUCCCGAACUCCCAGAGACAGUGACCCGUCUUACUGCACCCGAUGGCAGCAUCUUAUACCUGGUGGGCACUGCCCAUUUUAGUGACAGCAGCAAAAAGGACGUGGCCACGACGAUCCGCGCUGUGCAGCCAGACGUGGUGGUGGUGGAGCUGUGCCAGUACAGGGUGUCAAUGUUGAAGAUGGACGAGAAUACGCUGCUAAAGGAAGCCAAAGACAUCAACCUGGAUAAGGUUCAGCAGGCCAUCAAACAGAAUGGACUGAUGUCGGGUCUGAUGCAGAUUCUCCUACUCAAAGUUUCAGCUCAUAUCACAGAGCAACUGGGCAUGGCACCUGGAGGAGAGUUUAGGGAGGCCUUCAAAGAGGCUGGGCGGGUACCGUUUUGUAAAUUUCACCUCGGGGAUCGGCCAAUUCCUGUGACGUUCAAGAGAGCCAUUGCUGCUCUCAGUCUCUGGCAGAAGGCCCGCCUGGCAUGGGGUCUUUGCUUUCUGUCAGACCCAAUCAGCAAAGAGGACGUAGAGAAGUGCAAACAGAAGGACCUGCUCGAGCAGACCAUGUCAGAGAUGAUCGGAGAGUUUCCUGCUCUUCACCAAACCAUUGUGGCUGAAAGAGACAUCUACCUCACACACACCCUCCGCCAGGCUACACGCUGUGUGGAGGCCCCCCCUAAUGCCCAGAAAGUGCCUGCUGUGGUGGUGGGAGUCGUAGGGAUGGGUCACGUCCCUGGCAUAGAACGAAAUUGGGACAAGCAGCUCAACAUUAAUGAAAUCAUGAGUGUUGCACCUCCCUCACGCAUUGGCUGGGUAUUGUGCACAGUCAUAAAGGGCGUCAUGAUGGGAAUGCUGGGAUAUGCUUGUUAUCGUGCCGGUGGAAGUUUAGGUAGAGCCCUGCUGUCUUUCCCUGCAGUCCAAUCUUUACUGGAAACACUGCGGCCACUCCCUGCUUGACCCAACUGAUCUUCUCUAAGCCAUCUGUGAAACAUUUUGAUCUAUUAAAACAAUGCAUCUAUCA